AUGGACAGCCGAAUACGAGUGAAUGAUGAAACGAACGAACGAACCAAUCUUUUAAGGAAAACCGACGACGGCAACGAUGAAGACGAUGAUGAUAACGCUGAUGAUGACGAUGACGAUGACGACGACGACGACGACAAUGAAGAGAUCGAGAACACAGAUGAAGACGAGGACGAGGACAAGCACGAUAAAAAUGAUGACGAUGACGAGAGGAGGUAUAAUACAAUCGAAAGGAGGCGAAAACUCGUGAAGAAAAGCAGCAGUCGUCCAACACCAGCUAAUGGUAAUGGUAGUAGUGCUGUUGGUGACAACGGCUGGCUGCGCGCGGUGAUGAUGCCGAGACGAAGUGCAGUAGGAAGAGCUGGCGAUGAUGGUAGAGCAGCUCUGGUGAUGUCAAUGGUGGUAGGUUGUGUGGUAGUAGCUAGUGCUGGUGGUGGUGCUGCUGCUGCUGCAACGAUGAGAGCAGCGGCAACGACGGCGUUCGAGAUGAAACGGAACUAG